AUGGUCAAGCUGAGAUUACUUAAACACGCAUUGAGGAUUUGGAAUGUGGAGGUAUUCGGAAAUGUGGAGUCUAAGCUCAAAGCAGCUGAAGCAGAGUUACAUUCUUGGGACUUAACUGCGGAAGAAAGAGAUCUUCAAGAAGCUGAAGUUAGAAAACGAAUUGAAGUCAGAAAAGAAAUAUGGAAGCUUAUGAAAAUGAGAGAGUGGAUAUGGUUGCAAAAAUCGAGAUUGAAUUGGGCUUUGAAAGGGGAUAAAAAUACCAUGUGCUUUCACAUAAUGGCAUCAAGAAGGCAAAGUAGGAAUCUUAUUGAUUCAAUAAAGAUUAAUGGUAUUUUAUAUGAGGAUCCAACGGAAAUAAAAAAGAUAGUGUGGGCUUACUUUAAAGAGUUGUUCAUAGAAGAUUUCUCAGAAGCAGAGGUGUGGGUUGCAAUUAAGAAUGCGAUGGAAAUAAAGCGUCAGUUCCAUGAUAAUGGUGUGUUGGGAAAUGGAAUUAAUUGCUCCUUUGUGACUUUAGUUCCCAAAGUUGAUAGUCCUGAAUCAGUUAAAGACUUUAGACCUAUCAGUCUUAUUAGUUUCAUUUAUAAAGUGUUGUCUAAAGUGCUAGCUCGAAGGAUGAAAGUAGUUUUGCUAAGCAUUAUUGAUAGAGUUCAAUCAACAUUCCUGAGUGGGAGGAGUAUUAUGGAUGGAGUUCUUAUAGCAAAUGAGGUUGUGGACUGGUGGAAGAAGUCUAAUAGGAAAGUGCUAAUCUUAAAGCUCGAUUUUGAAAAAGCUGAUGACACUGUAAACUAG